AUGGCCUUCAGAUACAACACAGACGGACUCGGCUUCACUUACGUUGGCAUUGUCAUAGCAUGGACUUGUCUAUUGCUUCCAGCCUCCAUCUUCCUCAUCCGCAACAGACGUCUCCCGUUCCUCCGCAUGCGCAACAUCCCAUUGGCGAUCAGUGCUGUCGCAGUACUCCACGUGUAUUGGGUAUUGUGCAUGAUCGCAUAUGUCUUGAACGGAUUCUUCCCAUGUUCGACUGAGUACUGGAUCAUGAGCAUUUAUCUCCCUCUCGGUAUCGCCUUGUUCCAAGCAUCAAAUUCCCAAUUGUUUUCAAUUGCGACUGCACAAAAGAGAUAUCUCAAAGGCGAUGUCGCAGUUGAGGCAAGACCAGCCCAGGCAAGAGGAUGGCGCAAAUACUGGCAGAAGCUGAAGACUUACAAUGCCACAAAGAACACAAUGGCGUGCAUUGGUAUCGCUAUGAUGGUCCAGCUUGUUGUCUCCCUGAUUGUCUUUCUUGUUUCCAGGAAGUUCCAUCCAAAUUUUGGCGUCACGGGUGUUGUCACAACUAGGGCUGGCUGUCGACGAGGUUGGGAAUGGUGGCCGUCCAUUGUCUGGCAGAUAUUCUGGUCUUGGAUCUAUGCUCCAGUCCUUCUGUGGCGCGUUCGAAAUAUUCAUGACGUGCAUGGAUGGCGGAAACAGACUAUUGCAUGCAUUGUUGCUGGGUUGCCCGCAUCUCCAAUGUGGAUGAUUGCACUGUAUGCCAAAGGUAUGCAAAAGGUCGACACGUAUCUCGUGCCUCCUCUUUGGUUCUCGGCCUCCAUUGUGAUUAUGCAAGGUUCGGUCGUGUUUGUUCCCUUCUUUCACAUCUUCAAGAAUCGAAAACUCGAAACAGAAACACGAGAGAUCAUUGCAGAGUGGGAAGAGAAGCAAAAAGGAGGAGGCUCAUUCACAUCGUCUGGUUCGACCAAGGCUGCGGCUCGAUCUAGAUUCUCGACCCGUGCAUCAAUGAAGAGCACUACCAGUGCAACGGCUCGACAGGGCGAAAUGUACACCAUGGGCGCUCUCGAGAAGACUCUGCAACUCAAUCCUCAACCCUUGCUCAUCUUCUCGGCACUCAAGGACUUUUCAGGAGAGAACAUCAGUUUCUUGAUCCAUGUGCGGGAAUGGAAGGCCAAAUGGAAUUCGGAGAAACAAAAACCGAACAUGCUUCGCAAACAAAGCCCGGUCAAAACCUAUGAUCAAGCUCUCAUCCGACAACAAUUCAAGCAGGCGGUUGGCAUCUACGCGUCGUUUGUGAGCUUGAAGUAUUCCGACUUCCCAAUCAACAUCUCAUCUGCGCACCUUCGAGAACUGGAGGCCAUGUUCGAACAGUAUGCUGCGCUGGUAUGUGCUGAGCCAGCCUCAAAUGCCGCCACACCCUUCGAAAACUACUGGUCCUCUACUUUCUCUGACGAUUUGGAGAGUCAGGCAGGCAGAGAUCAACUCUCGGUCGUAUCAACUGUUGUCUUGGAUGGCGAGAAGAAUGAGUCGAGGCCUGAGUCGGCCCAAGCUCGUCAAUUGCGAGAGCUCACAAUGACCAACUUCGGGGAGAGACUUCCUGCCAACAUUGGUAUUCCCGAUAUCUUCGACCCCACUGUCUUUGACAGAGCCGAAUUGAGCAUCAAGGAACUAGUCCUCACCAAUACAUGGGCCAAAUUCGUCAAGGCCGGAUUUGCACACCACGCCGAAAAUCCCAGCUUUGCCUCUCAAUUCCGAGCAGCUAUGGAUACUUGUCGUCAGAGACUCCCCAAGCUCACCGGUAAAUGGCGCAAAUGAGAGAUACCCAACUACGUUCGUGAAUGAGAUGGCUUGAUGACGGUGGGAGACUCGUGUAGCAAUGGCGUUUGAAG